UUUAGAUGAUACUACGUUGAGAGACAUACGUUUUGGAAGAUUCGCCUUGUUUUUCAAUCUCUAUUGUCAAUUUUAUUUUCUGAUGACUGUGGUGAAAUAAGGCAUGGCGGUACCAGCACUACUAUAGGUGGUUUCAGCUUUGACUAUAGGAUUCUGAUGCUUACUCUUGGGCGCAUGUACCUUGUCGAAUGUAAACAAUUCAUUUCUCAAGAAACAGAUAAGGCAGAUUAUAAGUACGUUGCAGUUGACACAAUAAUGUCGUAUACCUUGAAUCAACAGUUGGAACUGAUAGCUCUUGCGGAAUUAGCAGGAAUUUCUGCGACACCUGGUGUAUUUCGGAUUAUAACAGAACUGCUAGCUCUGCAGGCUUCGCCAGAAGACGUUUACGUGCUACUCAAGCAAGUAUGUCCGGUUGCGCAUAAGAAAAAAGUGGUUGAAGAUUGUGGAAAGAAAGCUGGUGAAGCCAACGCAAAAUAGAUUCUCUUUAUUCUCUUGUAUAAUGUGAGAAUCGACACAAUAUCGAAUAAGAUGUAAUAAAUGAACAUUUUAUUACAAAA